CGCUCACAAGUUGCACAGCGAUGCUUUGUAAGCAAAAUACGAGAAAUGAAGUAAAGGAACAUUGUCAAUUUCUGCUACAGCCCUCGAGCUGCCUAAGCGACAAGGAGGAAGAUGAAAUCUAUGGCUUUGGCUAUGGGGUCUUUGGUCGUCAGAUGUUGCAACACAGGCAACAAAAACUCGCCCUCUCAACCCAAAAUAGUACCUCGACAACUGCAGCACAUCAACCUACAUAUCAGAGUUGUCUGAGCCCGAGAUCCGCGUUCUUCUACGAGUUCCCGCCUAACGAACAAGGUCAAAAUACGAGUAAAAAGAAAACGACAUUUUCGAGACUUCUGCGAGGGUUGAAGACGCAUAAAAAAGAGAAACAGGGUCAAACACAGAGUUCGCCGAAACAUAAUCGAUCCAGAAUGGGAGUUCCUCAAAGGGUGGACACGCCCGACAGUGUUUUACAGAGUGGUUUAGGCCUCGGACCAGACAUGGGUCAUACGAUCUUGCGAUCAAUGGUGGACCCCAGAGAUUACGAUAGAUUGAGGUAUUUCCAGAUGAAUGGAGGACAGUCCAAUACUUUCGAAGAAACCAUUCAGAGGCUGAAGGUUCAAGAAGCAUUGAAGCAGAAGGAGAGAUUUCAUAAAGAGCACGAAGAUAUUUUGAGGGACAUCCGACAGGGAUUAAUGCAGUUGGGUCGAGACGGUCGAGGUCAGCUUCCUGGUGACGACACCUACAUGUAUGAUGAUGAUGCAAGGUGUGGGAUCGCAGGUGGUCUCGGACCAGGGCCAGGAGGUCAACAUUGGUACGACGAGCCACCUUAUGAAUCCGAUCCUGAAGAUUUCCUUAUGGGAGCUAGUGGAGGACCGGUUCCAACAACGACCAUUCAAAACGGAAAAGUUUGGUUCACAUUGAAUUUAAGACCGGAAAAUCGAGGUGAAAGAGUUAUUUCACUACCAACAGCCGGUGACAUUAGUCUACCGAGAGAUCGCUCUCGAAAAUCCGGUGAUCGUUCACGUAAAGCAUUAGCUUCGUCGACUAUGAGGGGUCUUAUCAUUUCACAGGGUCUCAACAAUCCACCGGCAAUCAUUCCUCUAACAAGAGCUUCCAGGGAAAGUGGAGAUUACGCGAGCAGUGACGUACAGAGCCGGAGUAGCGGCGAGGAAGGGUUGUCUCCCAGCCAAAGCAGCGACUACGAGGAUCAAGAAGAAUUAGAGAGUCAACACUGCGCUGCCAUCCACACAAGCAUCAACUCGUUCCAGUCGGAGGCAAGUGCAUUACUGGAUGGCGAUGGAAAGUCAGGAAUCGCGGGUCAAGCGAGGUACUUGAGGAAAGAUGUACAAAAAAAGAUAUCACGACUAAGACAGGACAGAGCGUCGUCGGAGGCAUUUCCUUGUAGUGCAAGCAGUGUUGAAAGUCUUCCAAGUGGAAGUGGUUCCAGUACACAAGCUUUGGUACGAGCGGGAAGUAAUCAUAGUUCGAUAUCCUGCGAAGAUAGGGAGGCCAUUAGUCCAACGUCCAUUGGUCCCGUUCUCUGUAGAGCGAGAGCACUAGUCGAUUACACACCCAGUCCAUAUGACAAGGACGCUUUGAAGUUUAAGAAAGGAGACGUUAUCGAUGUAGUGCAAAUGAACAAAAGCGGUUUAUGGAAAGGCGUUGUACACAAUAGAACAGGACACUUCAAGUUUAUAAACGUGGAGAUUCUGAAUGAGAGGGUACUGAGGCGAGGUGAACCGGAGCGAGGAAAGUGGGGCCACAGAUACAGACAGAAACCCGGAUCCGUUCAAGAGCUCUUACAAAGAAUGAAUCUCCAGGAACAUAUUCCGGUAUUCGUGCUGAAUGGUUACGAGGAUCUCGAGCUGUUUAGGGAGUUGGAGCCAGCGGAUUUAGACUACCUUCGCAUUCAUCAACCGGAACAUCGGGCUAAGAUCCUUACUGCCGUUCAACUUCUACAUGACCUACAAUCUGGAAGCGAAGGGGACUUAGCAUCAAGUUCUGAGGGCGAUGAGGUUGGCCGACUUGCGCCAACCUCAAGUCAGACAUCCGGACACUGUUCCCCGUUCAAUCGACGCCAAUUCCCCCGUGAUUCAGGAUGCUAUGACGCUCACAAUAAGAAUCCCACGAGACGCACUGUGAGUCCCGAUAAUACCACAAAAGUCAUAAGGGAGAAUAAUCUCGAUGUCAGCAGUGUUCAAAGUGGUGAUAACUUUAAGAAAUCAUCUUCAAGAGAGAUAUUACUGGUUUCGAUAAUGUUGCAGUAGAUUAUCCGUUCCAUCAAUUUUUAAGGUGCAUAUAAAAAAGGAAAGCGAGAGAAUGAAUGCAAAUGAAAAUGAAAUUUAGAUAAAUAGAGGGUGACAAGGAGAGAGAAAAAAAUAUGUUAAUUAAUAAUGAGUUUAUGAGAUUUUGUAUAAAUAGACACGACAGUGAUUUUAUUAGCUCGAAGGGCGGGUAUCACUCGAUGUAAAUCAUUUUACUUAUAGGCCCCGUAGUAAAUUAAUUCGCGAAUUUUAUAGUCACUAAAAUAAAAAUUUAAAGAAAAAUUAAAGCGAGGGAUAAAGAGAAUAAGAAAAUAAAUAAUGAAAAAUAAAAGAUGAAUGAGACAUGUAAAGUAAAUACGAAAUGAAAAAAAGUUAAUGAAUAAAGAGUUAAAUAAAUAAAAGAGUAAAUAAAGAAAAAUGUACAUAAAUAGAGCAUGAAGAAAGAAAGAAAGAGAAAAUUAUUCCUAAAGAGGCUAUAAGUCUGUUCUUAAUUGAAAUCGAAAAAUCAAUAAAUUAUUAUUAAAAAAGAAAAAAUAAUAAUAAACCUUGUUACGAAAGUUAGUAACGGUUUUUUCUUUGACCAGCGACUGCAAUUAUAAUAAUGAGCCAUCGAUUUUUAGUCUUUAUUCCGCCUGGAGCAUGAUGAGAUUUAAAUUAAAUAAAGGUCUAGUCCAGUAUAUAAAUGCGUCGAAUCGCGUAAAAUUGUAAAUAAAUAACAGUGGCUACAAUCGUUAACGAGGGCCACCCAAAGUUUUUCUAAACUGAUUUUAUAAUGUAUUAAUUAUUAUCUGAAAAAAAUGAUGAUGAGAUAAACUACGACUGUAAUUCUCAUUUCGUCAAGUUUUUACUACGUAUUGUUUCAGCGGUAAUAUUGUUAAUUUAUUGACUGUGAAUAGAAAUAAAAAUGACGAAGACUCAACAAA